AUGGUUCCCCUGAAAUUGACUAACAGAGAGAUUAGAGAGGCUUUGCUUGCCUCAGCCCGAGCCAUGACUACUCAGGUGAAUUUGAGUAUGGAGCCAAGAGUGAAUGGUGUGGAGAGAACUAUGCCAUCUAGAUUGAUAGAUUUUGUGAGGAUGAAUCCUCCUAUCUUUCUUGUAUAUAAGGUGGGAGUGGAUUCCGAAGAUUUUAUUGAUGAGGUGUAUAAGAUAGUGCAUGAAAUGAGAGUGACUUCUAGGGAGAAAGCAGAGUUGACUUCGUAUAAAUUGAAAGAUGUUUGUCAAGUGUGGUACACACAAUGGAAAGUCAAUAGGCCGGUUGAGUGGGGUCCAAUUGAGUUGGAAGAAUUUAAGGAAGCUUUUUUGGAAGCUAGAUUCAUGGUGUACGCCCAAUCAAUUGAAGAAUCCAAAUUUAACAAGAUAACUAGAAACUUGAGAAAGAGUGGUUUUAGUGAUCAGAUCAACAAGGUUCAAAAAGAGGGUCAAACUCAAGAAAAACUGCGGAGUGCUAAUCUGAAAUUUGAGGGAGGAGGUGGUUCUCAAAAUGAACAGCCUACAUGUGCUACUUGGUUAAAGAGGCACUAUGGGAAGUGUCUAGCCAGUACUAGUGGUUGUUUUUGUUGUGAGAAAGAUGAUCAUAAGGUUAUAUAUUGUCCUACCACUGCGUCUAGAGGAAGAGAGGGUAAACAGGUUGCACCUAGUGUUCCAAAGGAUGAUGUCCAAAUAAGAGGUGUUUCUAUGCACUCUGGACUAGAUGAGAAAAGCGGGAUGAGAAUGAUAAUGGUAAGUCCUUGUAUUUCUCCUUAG